UCAAAAAAUAAAAAUAAAAAGGGAAAGCAGCAUGGUUGGGGAAGAUUAGGAGAAUUGGCGUAAAGAAAAUGGAUUAAGAGUCAAGACAACAAAAUAAACACUUCUCAUGUCCCAUUUUUUUCUUUUUAAGUAUAUGCUGUGAAAGCAAAGACAAUUAUUUGCUUUUCAAACGCACGCUCCAAGCUCUUGGCUGGAAAAUUUAUAGCCACAUCUAUUAUUUGAUUAGAUGUUAAUUAAUCAUGAUUUUGACAUCGCUUUCUCUGUAGAAUUAAAUUUGAAUCCUCCUGCCAGUUUGUCAGAUAUCCGAGGGCAUUCUUGUAAAUAUCCAUUUCCUUUUGAGUUACGUUGAAGAUCCAAAUCCAAGCCGGCCGUUAAAAAAAAGGAAAAGGGAGAAAAAUUAAAUAUAAGGAACAAGGAAAAGGAGAAGGAAAUUCAAAAAACAAGUCUCCAGCGAGUCUCGCCUCCUUCUUCAGCCAGUCUCACACAGACAGUCCUCGGAAGGAUCAAAUCCAUCGUUGGAUUGAGGAAAACAAUGUUCGAACCACAACAUUUCAUGGAUUUACACGACAACUCAAGUCUAGGAGACCCCAAAUCCUGGCUUUCCGGCGAUGACAACUCCUCUCCGAUUCACCGCCGGACUCAGUCCUCCUUGUCCUCCGCCUCCGCCGCCGGAACUGCUGCCAAUGUUGACAGACUCCUCUUUAACGACCUCGUCGAGAUCGUCCCUCUCGUUCAGUCUCUCAUUGAUCGGAAGGCGAGCAGUUCGUUCACCCGAGUUGGUGCAGUCACCUACACCAAGACGCCUUCAAGAGAAUCUUUGUCCAGGAGGUUUUCUGAACUGAAAGGGAGAAAUACAGCUCAAUCUAUCCCCACAAAAAAGCGAAGGGACCAUGGAGAAAAGGACCAGGGAAGGAAUGGUAGCAAUAACCAAGAUGGAUGUGCUGAUGGCUUCUCACUUUUCUCCUCUAGGGCUGUGGCAUCAGAGAAGGACAAAGAAGAGCUUAUUGCAUUGAGGGAACAAGUGGAGGAUUUACAGAGGAAAUUAGCAGAGAAAGAUGAACUCCUGAAAUCAGCAGAGAUUUCAAAGAGCCAGAUGUCUGCUGUUCAUGAUAAACUAGAUGAACUGAAGCAACAGGUAGCAGAAAAGGACUCUUUAAUUAAAUCUACUCAACUACAACUUUCUGAUGCGAAGAUCAAGCUUGCCGACAAACAAGCAGCCCUGGAAAAGAUACAGUGGGAAGCAAUGACAUCCAACAGGAAAGUGGAGAAGCUCCAGGAAGAUCUAGAAUCCAUGCAGGCAGAUAUUUCAUCAUUUAUGCUUUUAUUUGAAGGCUUGACAAAGAAUGAUUCCACUAUACGUUCCGAAAGCUAUGAUAUCACGCCAUAUCAUUUAGGUCAUCUUCCUCCAAUUGAUGAUCUGGAUGAGAUAGGGGCACAGAAAAUGGAGGAGGCAAGAAAAGCUUAUGUUGCUGCAGUCGCAGCUGCCAAAGAAAACCAAGAUGAAGAAUCUAUUGCACUUGCAGCCAAUUCAAGAUUACAUCUUCAAUCAUUUGUUUUCAAAAACCAUAAUAUGGAUGUCAGCAGGGCAAGUCCAGAUGUCAGGAUUGCUGGAGCUCCUGUUGGAGCAGUUGCUCACUAGCCCCUUCGCCUAUUUAUAUUGUAGGCUCAAUAGUGGGAUAGUAGCUUCUACAUUGUUGAUAAUUAUUAUUGCAUUCCACCAAGAUCAAACUCGUUGUGUCCCAUCUUUUGUAUUCUUGUUUGCAAAUGUUUAAUGUAAGUGAAUGUUUGGAAUUGAUGCACCUGUUUGAGGGUCCUCUGAUUUCAAUUCAUACUACUUGUUCAAAGCA